AUGAAGCUCAUUAGCAUCAACCCCAAGAACCUCAAACUCAGUCCCAAACACCUCUUUCGCUCCAAAAAGCACCGAUCUUUAUCCCGAUCCGACCCACCUUCUUUCGGAUCAGGAUCCUCCUCCGAUGAAUCCAUCCACAAGCCCGCCGCCCCCGGCGCCACCGGUUACCUCACCCCCACCAGCGUCCUCCCCGACGUCUCCGGCGACUGGUCCGAUGAUACAGUCGACGUCCGGUGGGACCUCGCCCAGGCCUUCCGCCUCAUCGACCGCGACAACGACGGUAUCGUUUCGCGCCAGGACCUCGAGGCCGUCCUCACGCGCCUCGGGGCGUCCGACGUCGCUCUCAUGCUCAGCGAGGUCGAUGGCGGCGCUGGCGGCUGUAUAACGGUGGAGGCCCUCAUGAACCACAUCGGGUCGGGUCCAGAGUCCAUGUCGGGUCCGGAAGAGCUCAAGGAGGCAUUUGCGGUGUUUGACACGGAUCGGGACGGGAGGAUCUCGGCGGAGGAGCUGCUUCGAGUGUUCAUGGCGAUCGGCGACGAGCGAUGCACGUUAGAUGAGUGCCGGCGCAUGAUAGAGGGCGUGGACAGGAACGGGGACGGGUUCGUGUGCUUCGAGGACUUCUCUCGUAUGAUGGAGCUGCAGCGAUGA